GCGGUGGUUGUGUCGGCACGAACGGUGCAGCUUUUUUUCAUUUAAAUUUUGAACCCGCCAGCGAACGGAUCGCAUGUGCGUGUGUGUCCCGCUUCUUUCGCAGCGCAUCUUCGUCGUCGUGCCGUCAUAUCCAAAAUCCGUCGCUCGUUUGUUGUGUUCUGUGUGUGUCGUGUAACUGUGGGUAACAAAUAGCCUGCAACCAAGUGUAAGCAAAAAGGAUCUUUAGAAUCUUUCCUUUCGGAAAGAUUUGCAAGAAGACGCGUGUUUGGAAAAUACGAAAGAGUCAUCAAACUUGGUGCAAGUGUGUUGGAAUCUUUGUUCGAUAGUAAGGGGGAAAAAAUACAAAAUUCGCGAUCGAUUGCAAAGUGCAUUAUUUACACGAGUGUUGUGUGCUGCAAUACAAACAAAAAACAUUUUCCAUUCGGUGAGCAGUGUGAAUUGUGUGUUCUUUUUUGUGUGACUGUGUAGUUGUUUAAACUAAGUAGCAAAAGCUACCAGAGUGUAAACAGAGAACGGAACCGGAACGAAACCGGCCCCUGCCCCUGACCCCAAGAUCAAUCCCUCCCGUGUGUGGUGGUGGUCUUGUUGUAUAGCUCGUUGCAUUUCAAUAGCGUGCGGGUGCAGAGCUGGUGGUGUUCGUUUGCAUUACAAUUCUCCCGGUGCACUUUUUUCGAGUGCUCACCUUUCCUCGACCGCCGAAGCAGCGGCGUCUGCAAGCAAGUUUUGGCCCAUUUUGUGUGAAGGUGUGUGGCACGAUACAAAAUAGCCUUUCUACAAACGAAACCAUCGUUUCGUGUUGGUGGCUGGCUGUGUGUGCGUGUCUAAGCUUUUUGUGUGCGCUCAGAACGGCUGUGUUCUGUUUUGGGAUUUGUGUGCCGCUUCUUCUGCGUCGUUGUUUUCGCGCUGUCCAUCCCGCUGCUGUUGGUGCUGCUGGAGGUCAAUGUUGAUGUUUCGAUCCGUUACGGUAAUCCGGGCAACAGCGGUGUGUGUGCGUCUUCUGCUGCUGGUGUGAGUGGCGUGGAACCCACAUCAAAGCAACCCAUAUUUCUACCGCUCGUUACAACGCAACAACCCAAAAGCUUCCCGUUCUGCUUGCACACGAAAACGCAGCAGCACAAAAGCCUUGACCUUUGCCAGUGCAUUUCUCGUGAAGCCUCGCGUCUCGUGUGCCACCGGGUGGGGGAGUGAGAGCAACAACCCGUCAUCAUCGUCAUCAUGCUGGAGCUGCAGCAUCCCGACGCCGGCGGCGACGUGCAGCUGGGCACCCGAUCGGUCAUCCCCAGUGCCGCCACGACCCGGUCCGCGCUGGAGGCGAUCAAGAAAAAGUUCGAACUGGCAGCUGCCGCCGACGUGAGCGAGAAGCUGCUGGCCGAAAAGGGCAAGGAGCAGAAACUGGCGGCCGGUGGUGUUCCAUCGACCCCGGACGGUACCGAAACGACGCCGGCAAAGCCACCGUCCGCCCUCGGGUUGAUUGAUUCCCGCGGGUGCGCCAAACCAACGAAAAAGCUCUGGUUCCGUGGCGUCCGGCCAUCCAAGUUCCGGCACGUGUACGGGUUGCCGACGCGCAAGGAGUGCUGCUACACCGACAUCAGCGUGGUGCGCAGCGGCAACGAUGGUAACUUCUGUGCGGUGAACCCAACGUUCCUCGCGAUCGUGGCCGACACGACGUUCGUGGUCAUCCCGAUCGCGACGACCGGGCGGAUCGAUUUCCAGUGCUGCAAGGUGAUUGGUCAUGCGGGUCAGAUACUCGAUCUGAAGUGGAACCCGUUCGACGAUCACACCAUCGCGUCCGCUUCGGAUGAUUGUACGAUCAAAAUUUGGAACAUUCCCGAGGGUGGAUUGGUCAACAACCUCACCAACUACGUGACGGAGCUGGUCGGCCACAAGCGCAAGGUGCUGCACAUCGAAUGGCACCCAACGGCGUCGAAUGUGCUGCUGAGUGCUGGGUUCGAUCACACCGUGUGCGUGUGGGACACGGGCAACACCGAGCGUCCGCUGCUGAACGUUAUCGACUGCCACGUGGACAUGAUCUACAGUCUUGCGAUCAACCGGGACGGGUCGAUGAUUGCCACCACGUCCAAGGACAAGAAGCUGCGUGUGAUCGAACCACGCAGCGGUAUUGUCGUUUCGGAGGGCAUCUGUCAUCUGGGUACCAAGUGUUCGAAGGCCGUGUUCCUGGACAACGGGCGUAUCCUGACGACGGGCUUUUCGCGCCACUCCGACCGUCAGUAUGCCGUCUGGGAUCAGCACGAUCUGAGGAAACCGCUCACGCAGGAGGUGAUUGACAGCUCGAGCGGCAUCGUCACGCCGUACUACGACUACGACACGCGCAUGGUGUACCUGGCGGGCAAGGGCGACGGCAACAUCCGGUACUACGAGGUGGUGGACGAGCCGCCGUACGUCCACUAUCUGAACCAGUUUCUGUCCGGCCAGCCGCAGAAGGCGCUCGGCUUCAUGCCGAAGCGUGGCCUCAACGUGCACCAGUGCGAAGUGUUCCGCUUCUACAAGCUGCACGCGGCCGGCAACAUCUGCGAGCCCAUCUCGAUGAUAGUGCCGCGCAAGUCGACCCUGUUCCAGAGCGAUCUCUACCCGGACACGCUCGCGAACCUGCCGGCGAUCGGGGCGAAGGAAUGGUUCCAGGGUCGCAACGUUUCACCGAUCCUGAUGUCCAUGAAGACGGGUGAAUCCAUCAUGGAGGUGUCGAAUGGCAAAUCGAACCGUAACAGUAUCGAGUCCAAAAUCCAGCGAACACAUUCCAUCCAUCUUGCCAACGGAAAUCAAACGAACGGAGGCACCAACACCAACGGUCACACCGUGUCAAUUUCAAACGGAACCGAUAAGAACCACCAACAGCAGCAGCAGCAGCAGAAUGGCGGAAACUAUGGAUCGAAUCUGACCAACGGCAACAACAACAACAACAAUCAUACCAUCAGCGUGAAGCAGCAACACAACUCGCUGAACAAAGAGAACGAACAGCUCGACAACCGCAAGAGCGAUAACAAUACGAAGAAGUUUGCCUUCCUUUCGCAACCGACCAUUCCGGACUAUCGACCACAAACGAUUAUCGAGAAAAGCCAGAAAACGUCCACCAACCAGAGUACAAAGUUUCACCAGCUGCAGGCAAUCUUUGGGCAGCAGACGACCAACCACAAGGACAUUGCCAACCUGCAGAACAAUCUGCUCAGCAACUCGCGCAACAGCUCCCGCAACAGCUCGCUGGAAAACAUUAACCUGCUAAACUCGGAAAAUGAGCUCCGAAAGGCAUUUAACAAGCAGGCGGACGAAAUCAAGAGCCUGCGCAAAACGCUCAACGUGUCGGAGAAGCGUGUCCGCGAGCUGGAGGCGGAAGUGAAGCGGCUGCAGCAGCAACUGAAGCAACACCAGUAGAGUAGCCAACACGGAAGGGGCAUACAACACCGGAAACAUUGUGAUUUGGGAUAUGUGAUUGUUUCGGAAAAGGAGAGUUUUAUGUGUUUCUUUGUUUGUGUUGGUUGGUUUGGUUGGUUCGGCUCUCUCGCGUGUGUGCGCGAAGAAGCAGCGUAUAAUGAAUUUGCGUAUGUGUUUUGCGUAUGUGCGUGGUUUGUGCAUUUUGUCAAGCAUCAAACGCAUGACGUUACGAUGAUGUAUGUCGUAUUUGUGUCUGUGUACGCUUGGUCCAUGAGUGUGUGUGAUCGUAUAUGUGUAGGGAAGGGAAGAUAGGACAACAAACACGUGACAAAUAUCGAAAAGGGAAUGCAAGGAACUCGGGAAAUAGGGGAGAGGUACACGAGAGUAGUUACCAAUACCUCCUCCCCAUCGUCCCACGAAACAGUAGAGAGAGAGAAAGAGAGAGAGAGAGAGAGAGGAUCGGUAUGAUUUAUAAGCACAAUAGAACGAUUAGGUUAACCAGCUGGUCGGCGUAAUCGGCUUUAGGAGAUAGGUGGACGAGGACGAGGUUUUUGUGGCGCAACUUUUGCGCUCUGCUAAACGCUUCUACUACUACUGGCGGGGGGAUGGUACUAACCUCCCGCAGAAUGUACUACCGCUGCUGCCGCCAACCCUUAUUACAUUAUAUACUUACUUACCUGUGUGUAUAUGCGAAACAAGAUUUGCUUUUAACGUUGACUUACGCAACAACAACAAAUGAACGAACGAACGAACGAAACGAGCGUGUGUUUGCUGCCGGGGAAAAUGGGAAAGCAGCAAUAUGCAGAUGAGCUUGCGGGCUGCACAAACGGGAAUAGACGCUACAACCACUGCUUACAACCACCAUUCCCUUUCAUAUUCUCCCAUCUCUGCUUACAGGAGGAGACAAGCAAAGACACAGCUUUUUGCCACAGUUGGGCUUACUAAUGCUAAAUACGAUAAUAAUGCCACCUAAAUGUAGCUCAUAGUAUUCUCCCUCCCCCCUUUCACACCAAACCCGAAACAGCAGCGCGUGGUUCCCCUCAUUAAUCCUAUUUUCCCCUCGUUUUCUUCAACUCUCUAUCUUUUCGAGAAGCAUUUAGCUCCUCUCCGACAGUGGGCAGGGCGAGGGGAUAAGGACGACCGUUGUGAGGAGUAAUUUAAUCAGGCAUUUGUGUUUAUUUUUCCUCUCUUUCUUCAUACAAGAUGCUAUCCAUUUUUUAAGAUUAAGGUACUUGGACAAGUAACGAAGCUAACGAGUUGAAGAGCUUUUUUGGCAAAAAGAAUGUACGAAGAAUCACACGAGUGAUGUGUGUGUGUGUGUGUGAAAGAAAGAAAGCAAAAGAAUGUAUGUGUGUGUGUAAAGAAUGAAUCGAGCUUGAGAGCAUAAUUUACCACGUAACGCAGUGGAACAGAGAAACUACACGAGAGCCGCGCAAAAAAGAAUGCUAGUAAAAUGUGAAUGUGAAAAAACGCUAUAACCAUUUGGCCUGCCGCAUCAAUAGAUGGAAUGUGAGCAAAAAAGCAAAAUAAGACAACAACGUAAAGGAACAAAGAAAAA